GCAGUACAAGGCGCACCGCCGAACCUAACCGUGCCUCCCCCCGCCGUCGAUCGAACACGCGCCACGGUUUUUUACGUGCUAUGCCCCCGGCAUAAAACCGCCACCGUAAAAUCAUGUCCGAAAGCGAAGAGGAGACGAGCAGCGGCGCCGACUGGCCCGUUACCGAGGAGUGGCUGCAGGCGGUGCUCAAGGAGCAUCACACCGAGCUGGCAGAUCCGUCGGCGAUCACGGUGCUGGAUUUCACGGUGAAACCCGGCUGCGACGCCGGCGAGAGCGUCCUCAGCGACAUACUGGCGGUGGCCGUCAAGUACUGCCUCAAGGACGAUCCGGACGUCCACCAUAACCUCAGCUUUAUCGUCAAGCUGCUGCCCCAGGACCCUUUCAGCCGUUUCUUCGUCACCGAGGCCCAAUUCGAUCUCAGGGAGAUUAAGUUCUACACUCAGGUGGUUCCCGACCUGGAAUCUUUCAAAAGCAAUAUCCUGGCCGACAGCAAUGAAAUCCAACUGCCAAUCCCGAAAUGCUAUUACGCCCACUACUCGGCCGGUACUUCUGAACCGGAACCCACACCCCCGGAAUCCGUCCUCGUACUGGAGAACAUCAAACCGAUCGGCUUCGUCGGUGCCGACUUUUCCAGAGGACUCACCCUCAAGCAAACGAAGGCCGCCGUAGAAGCCAUAGCCCAGUUACACGCCCUCUCGCUCUCGCUCAAAGUCAAGGAGGGAAAAUCUCUAUCCGAACGUUAUCCGUUCCUGUUCCAAACCACCAGGGCAUCCAACUCCUAUCAACAGCUGGUGGAACGCGGUCUGCCACAGUUGUCGCAAUUUUUAGAGCGACGUCCCGGUUUAGAGAACGUGCUGACGUCCCUGAACGAUCUCAGACCGCACACCAAGGACGUGAUCGAGUCCUUGCUCUCGCCGGAAGAACCGAUGGCCCUCAUCACUCACACGGACUUCUGGUGCAACAAUUUAAUGUUCAAGGAGGACGAAAGUUCGUGUGUGUGCUCGAUAAUGGACUGGCAAAUGGUCACCUACAGUCGACCCACCAACGACAUAGCACUGCUGCUGAUCAGUUCAGUACCGGCCGAACUGCGCAGGAUACAUACGGACACCUUAUUGGACGGUUAUUGGGAACGUUUGACGAGCACUUGCAGACUACUAGGCUUAGACAUUGAACAGGAAUUAGGGUACGACCGUAAGAAACUGUCAGAGGAUUACAAGAGGUCCCAAUUGUUGGCCUUACUGUUGUGCAUUGGGUCGGUGGAUUUGGCAUUGGGUAACGAGCAAAUGGAGGGACGACUGCUCGAACUACUGCAGGACCUCAAUAAAGAAGGUUUGCUCAACGCGGACGUGGCCAUCAAAGUUCAACAAUGAACGCGGACAAUUCGAAAAACAAAGUGAUACCAAGCUGUGCAUAAAGAGACGCAAUAUUAAGUGCUUAUAUUGUGUUUUGUUGCUUAUUUUUAUGUAACAGUUUAACUGUGUUCCGUGCCAAUGUAUUUUUAUUGUUAGAUGAUAUAUUUAUUAUAAAAGCAAGCUUACAACAAAUUCGUACGUAGCACCUUUAUAGUAUUAAAUUUACCAGCAUUUUUAUUAAACAUUUAUCUAAAUUUAAACAUCAGAUUUUAAUUAAAGGAUGCAUUUAUAAUUACAGUG